AUGGAGGACCGCACUCCCAACAGCGGCGAGGCCAAACCCUCCCCAGAGACAUCUCAUCGGAGCAGCACCCAAGGCACCACCACGGCCAGCGACACGCCCGCUCAAACCGCCAUGGCUGGGGAAUCCGCGCGUAGGCGAUCCCAAGCUGCCAUGCAGCCCUCGGGCUAUGGCACCAUCUCUACCGGUAAAGACAGCAAGGACCGUCGUCCGCAAAAUCCACCGGUCUCAGAAGGCUCCUCCAAGCCUAAGAAGCCCUCAAUGACGCGCCGCACAACGUCGUCCAAAUGGCCGCAGAAGGGACAGGAAUUCAGUGUCGACGAUGCCGAGGAGGAGGUCGAGCUCGACCAGGCUCAGCAAGACCAGCAAAAGAAACAACGACAGACAUUGCGCCGCAAAUCCUCGACUGUGCGACGCAGAACCGCUGCACAGCCGGCGACCCUGACUACGAUAGACUCUACCGAAGACGACGAGGCUGAGCAGGACAGCGCAGGACUAACAACCGGCACGGAUGCAGACGCGACGCCCGUCUCCUCGAGUGAAGAGACGGUGCAAGCAGAAGACGAAAGCGGAGGCGCCGACGAUGACGAGCUAAGUGACGCGGAGAGCUUCACCCUACGCGACCGUCAGGAUGCAAUCAACGUGACACAUCCCUUUGGUAUCAGGAUCUGGAAGCCCGCCCUCUACAAAAAGGGUCGGUCGGUCCAGCGCAAUGCAGAGGCCGAUAUCCACUCAUCACCAGGUCUCUACGUCAGUAGGUGGUUGCUCCUGUUCAAUCUUGUCUGGACGCUAGUCUUUGGCUGGUGGCUGGCGGUCGUGGCGAGCGCCGGGGGUCUGCUGUGCGCUCUGCUUGGCUUCAACCAAAGCUGCAAAGAGUACUCGCGUCUCCUUUUCCACCUUGCCUCAUAUCUAUUCUACCCCUUUGGCAAAUAUGUCAAGCUCAUGCAGGACGAGGCCUACAUCGACGAAGAUGAAGGUGAAGGUCGCAGCAUUAGCGAGUAUGAGCAGUGGCAGAGCGGUGACAUUGAAGAAGGACGCCUUUUCUUUGGCCCCAUUAACGGUGGUGAGAGCUCGCUCGUCGGUCGUAGGCGCAACAGUGUCGACUCUGCUGGCAGCGAGACCAUGAGUCUGCUUGGAAGACACGGCCGUGGUAACGUGAACCAUACUGACACAGCCACCACUAAACGGAGACUUUUUGGUCGCGGCAAAUGGACCCUUGGUCGAGUAAUCUUUUUCCUCUUCUUCUAUGGCAUCUUGAUGCCUUCGCUCUUUUUCGUCUCGAUUCUCUGCUGGUUUCUUGUCUUUACGAUCCCCAUGGGUAAAACCACCAUGCUCUUAUUGGACCACUUGCGUCGUCACCCUUUGGCUCUCUCAUUUCACUCGGACAAUGGUAAUGUACGCCGUCCAGGAGAGUCAUCUUCUAUCCUGCUCUGCACCUAUCGAGCAGUCGGCAUCAAGUACUGGAAAUACACGAUUGACGGCACAAACAUUUUUCUCAUCAAUCUCCUUGGCUUGGUCGCUUUUACCAUCUUCGACUACUUUGUCUUGGCUGAAGCCAUGGAGCUCAAGUUCUGGUUGACGGACCAGUUUCUGCUAUUCACGCUUGCAUUGUUGUCCAUCAUUCCACUGGCAUAUUUCAUUGGCCAAGCAGUGGCUUCCAUCUCAGCUCAAUCAUCCAUGGGGGUCGGCGCGACCAUCAACGCCUUCUUCUCAACCGUUGUCGAGGUUUUCCUCUACUGCGUAGCGCUGAAUCAGGGAAAAGCGCAACUUGUCGAAGGAAGCAUUAUUGGAAGUAUCUUCGCUGGUAUUCUGUUUCUUCCAGGCUUGUCCAUGUGUUUCGGAGCACUGAAACGCAAGACCCAGCGGUUCAAUGUGCGGUCGGCUGGUGUGACAUCAACCAUGCUUUUGUUUGCCGUCAUCGGCGCUUUUGGACCCACAUUGUUCUACCAGAUCUACGGAAGCCAUGAACUCAACUGUCACCAGUGUAUUAAACCUCAUUCCUCUGCUCCCUUGGAGAGAGACUGCCGCAGAUGCUACUACUCGCAAACACCAGCACUUCACGACCGGUUCUACAAUGAAGCUGUCAAGCCAUAUACCUGGUUUUCAGCUGCAUUGCUAUUUUUCUCCUACAUCAUCGGUCUAUUGUUUACUCUACGAACUCAUGCCGCUACAAUCUGGACUGAGCCAGACGCUCAAGAGAAGAAGUUUUUGGAGAUGAGCGCGAGCAGUCUCAGUCAGAGUGGCCAUGGAGAUUUCCCCCAUUCCUCUUUUAUGAGGCAAUCGACCGGACAUUCUGUCAAUCGCGCGCAUGUGCGUGACAGUCAGUUGUACAAGCGCAUGGUUAGUCAAACUCUACAAGAGGUUGGCAUUGGACCAGAGCAAUCCACAUCAAGCGACAGGCGACCAGGUUCAAAAGCAGACAGCAACACCCCCCACCUGGUACCACCCAAGGAUGGCCAAACAAAUGUGCACCACUCUUUCCACGUCGAAGGCCUUACGGAUGAUGCCGCGGAAUCGCUAGCACGCCAGAUUACUGAGAUUGCUGCAACAACGACGGCUCUAGCGACACGUGAUGUUACCAAGACUCCUCGUAAAGUUGCACAACUUGCUCAUACAACCAGCAAAGGGCACUCUGAUCGGCCUGCUCAUACUCGGGCCAAUACCGAGGCAGCUCACGACGAGGGCGAGACGGCGCCCGGGCAUACUUCUGGAGGGCACGAUGCACCAAACUGGAGUCGCCAAAAGAGUGCUGCCAUUUUGUUGACAGCGACUGUUGCAUACGCCAUCAUCGCCGAGAUUCUUGUCAACACGGUCGACGGGGUGCUGGAAGGAUCUGAUAUUGACGAAAAGUUCCUGGGCAUCACCUUGUUCGCGUUGGUGCCGAACACGACCGAGUUUUUGAACGCCAUUUCGUUUGCUAUGAACGGUAAUAUUGCGCUUUCUAUGGAAAUUGGAUCUGCAUAUGCUCUGCAAGUCUGUCUGUUGCAGAUCCCGGCUCUGGUUUUCUACAGCGCCAUGCACAGCGGAUACAUUCCAGCGCACGAAGUGGCAAACCAGUCGUUCACACUCAUCUUUCCCCAGUGGGACAUGAUCACGGUCAUUCUGUGCGUUUUCCUUUUGUCGUACAUGUAUGGUGAAGGAAAGAGCAACUACUUCAAGGGGUCGAUCUUGAUUCUGUCGUACCUGGUGGUGAUUGCUGGCUUCUAUCUUUCUGGCUUCAAUGAUUUCGAGAGGAUGGGAGUUGAUCCGAAGGACACACUGGCGCUUGGCGGACUGGUAGAGCAACAGAUGCAGUCCAUGACGUUCAAGACGCCCGGGCGUGGCAGGAGUGGCGUUGCCUACUAG